CUAGGUCCCCUCAAGGACGUCUAUCGUCUUCUGCAGCCCACGCACGCGCACACGCCUCUUGCCGAGGUGCUUCUCUGCAGGAGAGUCAACACAGACAAGAAGGAAGCAUCACAUCACAGACAGACAGACAGACAACUGCACUGCAGGCAGGCAGGCAGGGGCUCGUUCGUUCAACGCGUUUGACCGAUUGACCUGCCUGUUAGCAGGUGUAGGUUGAAGGCAUUUGGAGAGCCAGAGCCGAGAAGCACCUUGGCCCGUACGCCCUCGAAAGGGGAAGGGCGACGACCACCCUCCUACAUACAACACAUGCGUACCAUCCAUCCGGUAGGUCUGUGCUGUGCUGUGCGUGUACGGAAUGGCCUGAUGUCUCACCUUGCUACUGCUCUUGUUGGCCGCCAGCUGAAAUGAUACGCUGAGCGCCUCAACCUCCCCUCUGUCCUGCCUGACCAUUUCGGCCAAUUUGUUGAGGGUUUUGCAGUUGAUCUCCUUGUUCUGUAGACAAAGGCAUCCGCAGGUGUUGAUCCCUGCCGCAUAUACGUGCUCGUACCUUGGCCAUUUGGCCUAGCCCUUCAUGAUGAGGUUGCGGCCCAGAAGAUCCAUUCUCGCUUCGACGAUCUUCACGACGUUGGGAUGUGCGGCAAGGGCCAGGCACUGAGCUUCUUGUGCGGCAGGCAGGCUAGGACCUUCUGCUCUUCUUUAUGUACGCCAAAGGUCUUGGCACCUCACUUCGCAGAGGGCUUCAUCCGGUGGGGCCAUGCUGAAGGCUUGCACCUCGUCUCUGCCCAGCCACACGAGGUAAGUAGCGACGUCAAUCUCUACAUACUCACCGGCUGGUGGCGUCGAACUGCGUGGAGUCCGGAAGUUGGGCGUGUCGUCGGGCGUGUCGUCGGGCAGCUGGCCUGCUUGUGUCGCCUCGUUUGCUGCGGGCUGCUCGGUUGUGCCUUCAGACACACGAGAACAGAUACCUGUAUAAGCAAUUGGUCUGGGUGAACAGAACAAACCAUUUCCCCCAGCCCACCUGUCGAGGCGCCCCUGUUGCAGCAGUCGACAAUCACCAUGCUGAGCCAUGUCACCACCACUUGGCCGAUCAU